AUGAGUAAAUUAGAACUUGAGGAACACCGAAUUUCGAUUCCGGAAGAAAAAAUUUUAGACUUUACGGAAUGCCGAAAUUCGAGUGAUGACGAAAAAAUUCUAUCACACUUCAGAAAAGACGAAAUUUCGAUUCGUGAAGAAAAAAUCAUAGACCCUGUAGAAUUACAUUUUGGAGAUGGCAAUAAUUCACACAAUUUUGAGGUUUUUUGCUCACCCAAGAUGGAAUAUAUUGCAACCGUGAAUUAUAAGGAUCGUUCAGUUUACACGUGGAAAUUUACAAAGAGUGAAAAUGGAGAGUGUGGAUUAAAAUUGGAUCACUUCUUUGACCUUAAAAAAAUAAAUUUAAUGGCACCAAUAAGUGUCUCGGAUUUCGAAAAUAUUCUUAUAGGAAAUUCUUUAACACUCGAAAUUACAGAUUAUGAACACCGACGAAUAAAAAUAUUGAAUACUCAAGAGGAUUUAAAAGGAAGAAUUGAUUACUCUGGAUUUCUUGAAAACGGAGAUUUAAUAGUUAUUGAAGGGGAUCCUGUUUAUCAGGUCCAUAUCUUUUCUAAGAAAGAUCAGUGGCGCUGCACGGAUAUUAUUAAACUCGUAGAAUAUAGACGUUUAGUUAUUUCUCGGGAAAGAGUGCUUAUUCUCUUAUAUGUACCUUUUAUAAUCAUGCAAUGGAAUUUGGCAACACGAAAGUUUGAAGCACAAUACGAAUUAGAUUGGAGUUUGGCCAAGUUUCGGGAAUCAAUUUUGAUGGAACUAAACAAUGAUUGUACAUUAUUGGCUGUGGCUGGACGUUUAUAUCAGGCAUGGAAAGGAAACUCCAAAGUUUAUUUUUAUUGUACCAAAACCGGUACUAUGAUAGCAGAUCAAAUGUUUGUUGAACCUUUCAUCAAUGAGCCUGAUGCGUACAAUAGUUACAUGGGUUUUAUUACUUUGAAGAAAAGGGAAAUUUUUCUUGCCUGUUUUGAAGAUGACACAUCCUAUGUCAUUAAUCCACGCACUUUCUUGAAAUCAAAAAAUCCUGGAAAGUUCGAUUUUAUGACUAAACAUUAUUUUGCUAUUUCGGGUUAUAUUGUACGAUUUAAUAACGGCUUACAAAUUGAAAGUUUAUCACCAAACAUAGAAUUGAAAGAUGAAACUGGGAAAGAUGAUAAAAUUGAUUUGCGUUCUUACAGAGAAGAAGUAAAAGAAAAAAUAGAAAAUAUGUUGGAAAAAUAUAAGCUAAACCAAGACAUGGUUCAAGUUCUCGAAAAAUAUUAUAUAGGCCAGUUAUACACCUGGAUUGUUCAUUACGUGAAAAGUGGCAAUGCAUUAAUAGUUAGAUUAACGGCUGUGCACUCUAAAUCGGAAAUUAGUGUCGGAAGAUCAGUAGAAGUUCUAGUGUAUACAAUUAUAAUGGAGAAAGAUUUAACCGAGAGUUCGGAAGUGGAGGAAGUUGUAGAUCCGGAAUUAGUAGGUCUAGUAGGUCCGGGAGUGUGUGGUCCUAAUAUGUUGUUAUCUUUACCUAAUCAAGAUAUUUCGCAUGAAACUUUGUUACGUGAUUAUAUUUACGACACCUCAUUUCCAUUCAAAAGAAAGUUGAUCGAUAUAUUAAUUCAAACGAAAAGAGUGGACGAUAGUUUAAAAUGCAUUAAUGCGAUUAUUAGUGCGGGUUUGAAAGAUCCAUCAGAACUGGGAUUAAUAAGAGAACAUUUGCUUCAAAAUUUAAUUGAAAUCAAAAACGGUCAUCAUAUUAGGAAAAACUUUGAAUUAAUUAUUAAACAUGGCUUAGCUCUAUAUUACAAAAUAACCGUCGAAGAAAUUACAAAAUUUGUUAAGAAAAUGGAAGAUGAGGUGCAUGACGAAAUAUCACGACCAUAUUUAUCUCCUGCCAUUAAAGAAAUUAUCGGAUAUGAAAAAAAGGUUGACGAAAAGAUGAAUGAGUUACAUAAAAAAUUUGAAACGAUUGAUAAAUUUGAUAAAAAAUUUGAAAAGAUUGACGAAAAAUUUGAAAAGAUUGAUGAGUUCGAUAAAAAGUUUGAAAAGAUUGAUGAGUUGGACAAAAAGAUGAAUGAAAUAAUCGAAUUAAUUAGACAAAAAGGUCAAUGA